AUGGAUCAACAAUCUGGAGGAGAAGACUUCUACGACACAUUCUCGGGACUUGAUUUGUGGUUGUGGGUUUGCUGGAGUUUUCAGCUCCCCUCUCAGUCCAAGGGAACGAGAUCGGCCAUCAUGUCAAGGAGUGAAAAUUUGAUUUAUAUUUGGGGGGCUUCCGAUCCCCGAACAGGUUAUCGGUAUGGUCGGACAAAUUCUGAAGCUGCCUAG